AUGGACAAUUCUCUUUUUACAGUUCCUAGAUACAUUCCUGAAGUAGAUUCAAAUAUUAAUGAAUUCAGUAAAAUAAAAGAAAGCGAAAAUAAAAAUGUAAUAAAUAAUAAAUUAUAUAAAAAAGAUAAUAUUAAUUAUGAUAAUAAAUUAAAUAAAGAUAAAACAAACGAAUCAAAAAAUUUAAAUUAUGACAAAUUAGAAAUAAAUGAAAAAAUAUGGUUCAAUAACUUAAUUAAAAAGAAAGAUGAAGAAUUUGAAAUAACAAAUGUAGAAGAAAGUGAAAAUGAUGAUGAAAUUAUAAUAAACACUAACAAUAUUUUUAAGACUAUUUAUCCUUUUUUUAAAACGGAAGAAGAUUCCAAUUAUUUAAACCAGAAAAAAGAAUUAAAGAAAAACAUAAAAAAUAUGUCUUAA